CCUCAAGAAUAAAAAAUGAAAUUGUUUCUUAGGUGCUUCAAACCCAAGUUCUACAAGAAAAGCAAAUCUACAACCAGUUAUAUGAAGAUUCGGCUUGACACAGUGAGGAAAAAACGGAUUGCAAUGGUUAAGUUUUUGAAAAUGGACAUUGUGGAUUUUCUCAAUAAUGGUCAUGAUUAUAAUGCUUAUACAAGAGCAGAAGUAUUACUCGAAGAGCUUAGAAUUAUAUCUUGUUAUGAUAUCAUCGAGCGAUUCUGCGAUUGUAUCUCGCAAAAUCUCUCACUAAUGCUAAAGAAAAGAGAAUGCCCUGAAGAAUGCAGAGAAGCUGUUUCCACUUUGAUAUACGCAGCAGCAUGGGUUCCUGACGUUCCAGAACUUAAGGAACUUAGAUCCGUGUUUAUGCAUAGAUUUGGAAAUUUCAUUGCUUCUUCUGUGAACCAUGAGCUCGUUGAGAAAACAGAAUUGCGAAGAAGACCUUCACAGGAACUCAAGAUUCAGACAGUGCAAGAGGUUGCUAAAGAGUUCUCCAUCAAUUGGGAUCCUACAGCUCUCAAACUGAUGUUGCUUAGACAAAAUUCAACUCUGCAAAUUGAGGACAAGAUCGAGGCAGAAGCUGAUGAUACGAAGAUUGAAAGAAUUGUAGAUGAACAAAGUGAGGAUGGAUCGGUUCUUUCACAGAGUUGGAGAAGAGAUUCAUUGUCCAAAAGCAGUUUGAGUUCCACGUCCAGCUCGAGUUUUAGUUCUCAAAGAAGAGAAUCUGAGGAGAAGACGAAUAAGGUUUUGCCUUACGGUUUAAUCUCUCCUCCAUACACGAAAUCAAGAGCUCGAAACGAUGAAAAAGCUCAAGAGGAAAAAGGAGAGAAGGAAAAGAGUAUUGAUCAAGAAACGUCGAGGUUACUUAGGCCACAAGGCAAUGAUAAGGACGCUUCCUCAACAAGAGAGAACGAGAAAACGUUGUCGUUUCAAAGACCUAAGCUCUUGGAAUAUGAUGAAGUGGUGGCUCGGCUUGCAACUCUGCGCCGGGGAUAAGACAGAAACUAAAUAAGUCUAUAUUUGUGUACUUGCUAAUUAGAUUUCAUCAAAAAUGUUAUUAUCCGUAACAGUUUCAAAAUAGUCCACUAGUUGAAUCUUUCCACAAAAAUCAAGAAUGUGGAGUGUAAUAGUCCAAUAUAAUAUUGACAAAGAACGGAU